AUGAGCUUAACAUCUUUGGUUGCAGAGCUGAGUGCGGCUCUACAGAGCUCACAGCAGGAAGUGACCGCUGUCACUGAGAAGCUAGCACUCAGAGAGGACGACAUCAGAUCGCUGCAGAAUGAGGUGCAGGGGCGACAGGCUUCCCUGGUGGAGGUGCAGGAGGAGGCUGAGCGGCUGAGAGCCCAGCUGCAGCAGGUGGAGCUGGACAAAGACUCCCAGCUCAGCAGCCUGAAGGAGGAGCUGCUCACACAGACUCAGCAGCUGGACAGCUGCCAGGCUCGGAUCUCCUACCUGGAAGUAGAGGUGGAAACCCUGACCGAGCAGCUUCACAGUCACAGUGUCGUCUGUGAGGAGGAUCAGAACGGCAGCGUGACCGUGGAUGACCUGGAUCACAUCCAGAAAGUCAACAGAGAGCUGGAGCAAGAGCUCAGCGACAAGAACAGGACCAUAAAGCAGCUGCAGCAGAGACUGGCAGAACUGAAGAGGACUUUGCAGAAAGAACUAGUAAGACAAUGAAUGUUCAUCUUUUCUAUUGUCAUAAAAUUGUCAUUAAUGUAAAAUCAGUUGUUGCCAUAAAGAGUGUGAAAUAUGUCUGAAGUGAAGUGUGGCGUUAAAGCUUACUGUCCCAGCAGAU